AUGGUAAAACGCGAUAUUCUCCACGGAUCAACUCCUAAACCGUUACACAGCAAUCGAGCUUAUUUUUUGUGCCAGGCGUGUUAUCAGUUAAGAUGCUCGACUCAAGAAUUGCAAAGAUUUUCUGAGCCAAUUUGCUCAUACUACGAUCGGGUAUUUUCGAUAGUGCACAAGGUGCACAGAAUGGAAGAGGAAUGCCCCCAGGAGAAUAGAAGGGACGAGACAAUGAUGCAGACUGCGGUCACGGGACCGAAUACCUCAUCGGAUAACGUUUGCGACAACCGAGCACGUGUUUCCUGUCAAGAAGAGUUCACGUGUUCUCUGUAUAUCUCGCGUGCCGUCGGACCGCAAGGUCAAGUGCAAGGAAUACCAGGUGGUGGCGAGCUGCUACGUUCCAAUCUAGAAGAUGUGAUCCGCGCGUCCGAUCCAUUGGCAGCCUGGCACGUGUCUGAAACACCGUGUGGCCUGAUUGCGGCGUUCACACGCGAAGCUGACGCAGAGAAACUGUUGCAGCGUGGCGAUUUGGCGCGUAUUUUCGAAGGACCCGUACAAGUGGCUCGAUUCUCAGCAAAGGACUCUCGUUAUAGACAGGCGGUUCUUCUUCGUGAUGUACCCUGGGCCAUUCCAUUGCAAGAUAUUAACUCCGCGCUAACGAAACAGGGAAUCACGACAGGAAGCGUUGAACGUUGGCGACAAUAUAUACGCGUCGAGGUGCUGGACGCCGGGCAUUACGAGCUAUUGUUGCGUCAAGGACUGGACUUUUUUGGUGCGGCUCGAUUCAGUGCCAUCCCAGAACGUUGGUGGCGCGGAGGAACCGGAAAUGCCGGUGGACCGCUGCAGGCAGGACCGGGAAUAGUCAACAACUUUCUUGAGACAUCCAACUUCCAAACGGGAGAUGGUGUGCUUCAGUGUUAUCGGUGCCAGGGUUUCUGGCACAUGGCUGCCAACUGUAGACAUCUGCCACGUUGCGUUCGAUGCGGAGAGCCUCACAGCGUUGAGUUUUGCCCCAGGCCUCGAAACAAUCCUAUCUGCUGUCAUUGUUCCGGCCCUCAUCAUGCCGGCUAUCGACAAUGUCCGGUUCGGCAGCAACUUUCGAACGCUACGCCUAUUAGUAUCACGCUGAGCACUACCCGGAUUGGAAACCAGUACCCGGUGAACGCAGCUUCCAAGACGAAUGCGUCCGCUCACGAGCAGCAGCCCUUGAAAUCGAGUCAAUCUUAACGAGAAAUUACCGUAUAUCAAUGUAUCAAUUCUGUCCAUACAUUGACCUUAGGCUCUCGUAAAUUGCACGUUUAUCGAUAUUUAUAGGUGUGCUACGGUCAGCUACAGAGUUUCUAAGCUCGCGUUCAAUUCUUAAAUGAAACAAAGAAACUAACGUACCAAUGAACAUUCUUUUUUAUCUUUUUUACAUGUAUUUUUAACGACUUUUUUUAUGAUUUUUAAUCGUCGUAUAAUUACUCUCGUGGAAUCAUUUAAAUUGAAGAUAAUAAAUCCAUUAGAAAAAUAGCAACUUUCUAAUCGAAGAUCACACGGGAAAAAUAUGAUAAGUCCAUUUUUGUUUAUCUUACAAUUAAAUUCGAUGAUAUAAACCUUUUGAAAAUACGUGAUAAGUCUACAAUAUUUUAUAAAGGAUAAUAUUAAUUUAGUUGUUAUGUCAGUUUAAAUUAAUUAAUAUUAGUCUAUAUAUGACUAAUGUUAUUAAUACCUUUUAAAUGUUCGAGAGGAUAAUAAAAUCACAUUUUUAAUCCGAUAAUCGAAUAUAAAGAUGGUUUUGAUGUUUGACAACAUAUACGAUAAAUGUGACUUAUCAUGUGUUUUACAUGUGGCCUUCAAUUUGUUUCAAUGUUAGAAUAGAAAUUAUAUAGAGAUUUUCGAGAUCCACGGAGACAUUCCGUAGAAAUUAGCCAUGUUUAGUAGUCAGACAAUUCUCUACUCUUUGUCCCACUUUCUUCGUCCUAGUCUUUUCGAAUCUGGGUCCCCCCCCAGGUGGGAUUCAGAUAUAUCGUUGUUCAUCGGUCAGUUAGUGAGUACUUUAUACAGCUCGUGUUGAUAAAAGAAUGAGAAUGGAGGGGCCUCAGCAGGUAUAUACCUGCGAAUUCUCUAGAUCGAUAAGUCGAGGUGGGGAGGGCGCGAUUCUCACUACACGCCGUCCCACCAGCUCAGCUUGGGGCCGUUCAGGAGAUUUUCAGAAACUUAUUGAGUUCUACACGAAUCCCGAUUCCACCGGCGGCAACGCUCAACUUCCAGAUUCUAUCUGCGUGCAUUGUAGUUAUGUCAAACGCAUAGUUCAGAGCGACGGCACCUUGAAUGUUUAUAUAUCUGGAUCUUAUGUCUUCAUAGUUGUGUGCGGAAAAUUCAAACUUAUAGUGUGCUUCUCGUUGAGUAUAACCACCAUGCAACUGAAACCUCAAGAAUGAAAAGGAUGGAAAAGACCGGUCAGAAUUCAAGGCAACGAAGAUCAAUUCCAUUUAUAAGCGAGGUACACUUCGAUCGAAUUGACGAUGCAAUGCGUAUUUCCCCUGCACCGAUUUUGCAAUUUUUC